ACUGAUCAGAGCACGGCGGAGAGACCCGGACGAAACAAAGUCUCUAUAGAAGAGAGAGCAGCCGUCCGGGAGAGAAGAGGCAGAGAGAAGAUAGUCUUUGGGUUUCGAGAGGAGAUCGAGAGACAGACGAUGGGGCGUGGUCUUCUGGAGGUGCAUCUCGUCGACGCCAAGGGCCUCGCCGGCACCGAUUUUCUAGGGAAGAUCGACCCAUAUGUGAUCGUGCAAUACCGGAGCCAGGAGCGCAAGAGCAGCACCGCCCGAGACGCGGGCAGGAACCCGAGCUGGAACGAGGUGCUCAAGUUCCAGAUCAGCUCCACCGCGGCCAACGUGCAGCACAAGCUUAUCCUCCGGAUCAUGGACCACGACAACUUCUCCAGAGACGACUUCCUCGGCCAGGCAACGAUCAACGUAACUGAUGUGAUCAGCAUUGGCAUGGAGAAAGGCAAGUCGGAGAUGAGCCCGGCCAAGUACAGCGUGGUCACCGCGGACAACUCGUACCACGGCGCCAUCAAAGUUGGCAUCACCUUCACCGCCGCCACAAAGGUUGAAGAUGAUGGAGUACAAGUUGGAGGCUGGAUGCACAGCUAUCGCGAUUAGAAGAUGUGAUUCCCGUUCGGUCGUACAUAGCAAUUUUUAGUGUCGAAUGUUGCAAGGACGUAAUGUUGCAAGCUAUACCAAUGUGUCGUCUUCUGUCUGUGAUCGACGUGAUUCCAGGUGUAUGUACGCCGCCUUUGUAGCUGUUUAGAUGUAAAGUCGGAAUUUAGAACAGGUUAGGGUCCUCAAGUCCGUUAAAUUGUAAUUCUGAUUCUUUUAAAACUAGAACACUUUGUCCA